ACUAUCAAACAUUCAUUGCUGUAACUGGUUAUUAUCUGACGAUUCAUCUGGAUUGCUUAGCUUAGUAAAAUAUUUGUUUUAAGAAAUCCACCAUAGUUUGUUCCUGCACCUAAAUACGUAGUAGCUGAAUUCUUGAACAGGUUGAAUGGUGAUUGGUGUACUACUAUGUUACUUCUAUGUUCAAAGUCGACAUCAUAAUACAGAAAGGACUAGCUACGGUCUAGUGUGAGGAUUGAGUAAUAGAAAGUAGAUCCAGGUUCGUCGCUUUGGUUCGCGUUGAGAAUAACAAUGGAGAGGGUCGUAGCGGAGGAGGUGUGGGGUGUUAUAUCAAGACAAACGUAACAUAUAAGAGAAGUCAAGACUUUGAAGACAACUCAUUAGAAUUGAUGUGGAUUGAAUUCCAACUGAGAAAUCAUAGACUGUACCUUCUAGGAAAAGUGUGCAGAUAGACAACAGCUGCCUUCCAUUGUACAAAAAAAAAUUAAGACAAAUUUGAUUUGUAUAUUUUUGGUUCAAUAUAUAUUACAGAUUUUUUUUACCGUUGAUAUACUAAUUGCAGUUUGAAAUACUAUAAGAAUAAGUUCUAUGCAUUUGCUAGAUAUUUAGAGUGUUGUGCUAAUUAAAAACAAAAACAAAACUUCAAAGGUAACAAUAAUUAUGGCGACACUUGAGCACACCGUUUCGCAAAAUCUAAAGUGUCCGGUUUGUUUUGAUUUGCUUACUGAUCCAAAACAACUGUCAUGUACACAUACGUUUUGUAAAAAAUGUAUUCGAGAUAUUCUGGCGUUCUCUUUACUUGAAAAUAUUUUGUCGUGUCCAAUAUGUAGAAAUACUACAACUGUCGCGAAUGGCGAUGUUGCAAACCUUAAAACUAACAUUCCUGUUAAGUCACUUGUUGACGGCGUCAGGAAUAGUAAACAGCUCUGUGACACGUGUGACAAGCAAUCAAGAGCCGCACACUUCUGUUGCGAUUGUGGUAAGAAUAUGUGUAACGCAUGUCUGCAAGAUCAUAACAACUGGAACCCUAAUCUUAAACACAAAGUAGUGAGUGUUGAGGACAUCAGAGGGGGAAGGGUCGUCUUAGAGAAGAAGUUAUAUUGUCGGGAAAAGAUACAUAGAACUGAGAAGUAUGAAUGCACUGAUGUAUGCACGACAUGUAAGAAGCUCAUUUGUACGAGAUGUCGUAUGCUCUACCACACUCCGGAGAAAGGCCAUUGUGUUAAAGAUGCCGGGGAGUACACCGCCUCCAUCAAAAAUAGAGUUGAGACCCUACAGUCACGUGGUAAAACUAAAACUAAAACAGUCAAGAAUCACAUGACUUGUAUUGAUCAUCAAAUCAAACGCGUCAACUGUCACAUUGAUGGGGAAAAGGCAAAAAACAACAGGAUUUGCGAAGAAGCUAUCAAUAAAAUAACAGAGAGGAAUGCUACCUUGAACAAGCAACUCGAUGAUCAGAAAGAAAAAAUAGUUAGGAGUUUAUAUAAUAUGAAAAUUGAUAAUCAAAGGUUAGUUAAGAGUAUUGAGAGUGCGAGUGAAUUGUUGAGUAAUAGUUUGAAAGGCCAAAUAGAAGGAGAUGCUGCAGCAAUUUGUGAUUCAUUGUCAUUUGAAUUGAAUAAUGUAUUAGAUAGGGAUAAUCCAAAGAAGAUGGUUGCUAUUGAUGUCGGCGAUCAUGCAGAGGAACUGACGUUUACACCAAGCUGCGAUACUGAUACAUUAUCAAUUGGGGAACUGAGGUUUGUGAAAUGUAAGCCGAAAUGCAAUGCAGCACUCUCAAAGAAGGACGCUAUGAAUGGCAUAGCUGCUACCAAUAAUAGUAUGGUAGCAGUUGGUUAUAGCGAGGGGGGAAUCUAUAUCUUCUCUCCUCAUUGUCAGCUUCAGGAGGCAGUGAUCAAAGACGUAUGGAUCGUGGACCUAGGAUGCCUCUCUGAUGGUUGUUAUGCUGUACGCGAUAGAUAUAACAAGAUGUCACUGUACACAUCAUAUGAAGAGAGACAGGAUGUGACAUUCGAUACUCUUGGUAAGAGUGAAGGUGGAACAGGUGGUCUCGCCGUUGACAGCAAUGAUCUGAUCUAUGUUAGCUACAGGAAAGCUAAGAAGAUCCAGGUAUUCUCACCAUCAGGUGGCAAGGCUAUGAGGGUGAUACCAUGCGAUGGGUAUGAACCAAAGCAAAUCACAAGUUAUGGUGAUUCAUUGAUCGUUAAGCAGGAUGACACUCAGAUAGCACGUAUUAAUAAAAAGGGUGUUAUAAUGUAUCAAUUAUUACGUAAACCUCUGGAAAUACGCCUCUUUGCCGCUGUGAGUAAGGACAAUACAAUCCUGAUUUCCUCUGUAAGAUUCGAGGAAGGUCUGCUCAAUAUCGAUGAGUAUACCGGUGAGCUCAAACACAUUAGGAGUCUUAUAUCUGAUUACAAGAUUGAGAAACCUGAGAGACAUUGGUAUUACCUUCAACAGUUUCAAUCAGGAGAGAUAGCUUUCUGUACACCUGAUAGGCUCUAUGUAUUCAACCUAGUUACUAGUAAAGUUACCUCGUAAGAAUAUUAUUUUUUGACCUUCAAGAGCCAAUUAAUUUCCUACUUUACAAAUUCUUAAAUUCACCAGUUUCAAUGCUAAUCUUGGUAUUUAUGUUUCAUUAAUGUCAAGAAACUUAAUUCAUUCCAUUCGAUAAAAAAUAAUGUAAACAAUAGAAUAGUAAAAGGCAAAAGUACAUAAUAUACAAUUGUUAUUACAUACAGAGGAGAGUAAUUGAAAUAUGAGACUCUGCAAAGGUUGAAAAAGAAUUAAACUUCAGUUGAAGAAGAAUCAAGGUACUGUUAGAUUAUUCGUGUUUCUGAUUUCGAAAGGAAAAGGGAAACGAGGAGGCGCGCUCAAUUUUCUGUUUCGUGAAGGUGAAACAGAAAAAGGGAAAAAGAUAUUUCAAUUCAAUGUUAUGUUUCGUGAACGCGAAACAAAAAGAGGAAACGAAACUUUCAAUUCAAUUUUGUGUUUUCAAAAGGAAAAAAAUAAAAAUUAUAAUAUGUAAAAAAAAGUCAAACGGAAGAAUGAACCGUUUUUUCUGUUUUCUCGUUUUUACAUCUUUCAUUUUUUAAUCAAAAGCAAUAUAUCUAACGAUACCUUGAUUAGGAAGCUCUGUCCAAAGCUGCACCCCAUCUGUAUCUUGUUUAACAUAGUUUCAUGCAUGUGUACGUAGAUUUCACUACGUCUAUCUUUACCAUUCUUAAAAGAAUACAUUUUGAGGGCUUUCCUUGAAACUCCAUUUAAGUAGAAAUUAAUUUAACAAAGUGACUGUUUGAUGUUGCAUUUUCUUUCCAUUAAAAUAUCAUUUUGCAUACCCUUAUUUAAAAAAAAUAUGUACAAGCAUAAAUACAUGUAAAUGACACCAAGCAAAAUUGAAAAGUGAAACAGCAGAUUACAUUGAUUAUUCAGAAAUGACUAAAACCUAUAUUUCAUAUCCAAUGUUUACUUCCUUAAUGAAGAAUAUUCUAUGACAUAAACGACUGAUGUUGACAACGUGACCAGUAAUGAGUCUGGUGCCCUAUAGUAGGCCUACGGAAGAAAAAAAAUCUUUGUUGAGAAUGGGGAUUAAUAAAUACAAGUCCUAAUAGUUUUAUGUAAUUGUAAGUGUAUGUGUGUGCGUAUCUUGGGGGUGGGCCAGGAAUCUUCAGGGAAAUGAAAUGAGGAAAAAUUUAAGACUCACAAAAUAAAAAAUCUAAAGCAAUGAUUAAUCGCAAUAACAAUUUAAUACAAUUAAAAACAAUCAAUCGACCAAUAUUAGAUCAAUGCGGCAAAAAAUCAGAUGUUGGAAAAUCCUGGCGAAAGUUAAACCGAAUAGAAUGAUGGUGUAUAUUAUUUGUAGAUUACUUCUGUUGGGGUUAUAAACCCUACUUGGAUGCUAUGGUAUGUUCAUGAUUUGGAUGCAUUUACCAGUUUGUUCAUAAUAAUUUUCAUUACAUAUUCCUUUUUUGUUUUCAAUAUUAUCACUAGCAUAAAUAGACAUCAAUGAGCGAUGACAACAAACAUAUACAUAUCGAAUUCGAUGUCAAUACAAAUAGAAAUCAUAAGAACCACAAUUCAAUUCUUGUUUUUUUGUUUUUGUGUUUUAUACUUGAUCACAUGUAAAACACUAAGUGUGUUCAUAUUGUAAGAAAAAAGUUGAACAGAAGUUAUACAUACCACUAAACCCUUUCUAUUUCCGCAGUCAU